AUGGCCUUGCUCUCGAUACUCGGAAUCAUGCAGCAAGCGGCACAAGCGAAUGGCGAUAACUUUCUCAUCUCUACUACCCUUGCGGCCCUCGUCAUACUCGCAUUCGUCACCAUCAGUGCACUAUGGAAGCGCUCCAUACAACCAUAUCCUCGAGAUCCUGGAGUUCAAUCGACGAACGUUGUUCCAACCUUCGAGUUCAAUUCCCCUCGCGACUCAGGCUAUGCUUCAAGCGACCAUGACAGCGAGGAGGAAGGCCAAGAUCCAGAGCUCUCAAGUCUGCGUAGGGCAAUAAGGAUGUGCGCGAGAUCGUCCAGAAGCCCGAGGACACCGAGAGAGGAGGUGGAGGAGAGCUUUGAGGUCUUUGCGAGUUUUGCGAGUGCUUCAACAGGAACCAACAAGGACGGCACUUUUGGAGUCGGUCUAGGCCUGGAGCUCGACAAGGAGGAAGAUCGUCGGGUGGAUGGUUGA